GCAAUGUAUACAAAGCGGCCAACCACACCAUGGCGGCCUUGUAAUGCAGGCAGCCUAGCUUUCUACGGAAGUGGCACUGCUGUCACCAGAUUUUGAGGAUGGCGGCCGAUGGGGACUUUCUGCUGCGUUACAGAGCAGUAUCCAACAAGCUGAAGAAGCGAUUUUUAAGGAAGCCAAAUGUCGCUGAAGCUAGUGAGCAGUUUGGUCAGCUGGCGAAAGAACUUAAGCAGCAGGACUGCCUUCAGUAUGCUGGCUUCUGCAACUUGGCCAUGGCUCGGUGUGAACAGACACUGUUUAAUGCUCCUGGAGAGGCCAUGGCAUUGACUGAGGCUGCACGUCUUUUCCUUCAAGAGGAAAAAGAAACUCAGCAUUUGGGGUGCCCUGGCUUUGAGGAACAUCUGCAGGCUGCCAUCAACUGCUACAGCUUUGCAAUAAAGGUGUACAUUGAGCUAAACCAGCCAGUGAUGGCAGCCAGUCUUUGUCUGGAACUUGGAAAUGCAUUAAAGGACAUGAGCAAACUGGGAGAAGCUAUGGUGUAUUUUCAGCGAGCUGCAGAGCUACAAACGCAGGUUCCCAUUGAGUGUCUUCUUUCUUUGGGAUACGUGGCAUCUUGUAAGAUCAUGACGCGUGAUUAUGAUGGUGCCCUUGCAGUGUUUACAGAGAUGCAGCUUCUUGCCCAAGAGAAGGGUCUUCACACCCCAGGAAACAGUCUGCCAGUCGGGGCUUUCGUAGAUGUCAUCGUAAAAUGUGAAGUCUCCCGUGUCCUCCUCCUUAUGCUGCUACAGCCUCCUCCUCAAAAAUUAUUGCCUGAACAUGCACAAACCUUGGAGAAGUAUGACUGGGAGGCAUUUGACAGCCACAGCCAUGUGAAUUAUUUGACAGAAGAGGUAUUUUUACUGCUGCAGUCAGUUGUGAUGGCAUGUCAGGAAAAUGAUGUGGAGUCUCUUAAAGUUCUACAAGUCGAACUCUGGCCACUGUUGACUGCAGAACAGAAUCACUUGCUACAUCUUGUACUUCAGGAAAUGAUUAGUCCUUCAGGACAAGGCAUCUGAUCCUUCAGAGCAUAACAAUGUUUUCUACAGUGGCCUGUCAUGUUGAUGUACAUAUUUCCGAGAUUGUCGAGACUGUGACGAACACGGUGUCUUGUGUUUAAAGUUGACUCCUUUUAUUGAAACUGAAA